AGAGAGAUAAUUAAGAGGGGCGUGUGAGAGCCCUUUGGCGAGCGCUCUCCGUGUGAUCACCACCGAGUGCGAGGGCGAGGGCGAGGGCGAGGGCGAUGCCGGCUGCGUUCACGCUGGGUAAGGGCGGAUCUUAGUCUGGGGAGGAGGCGAGAAGGGUGAAGCUGACGCCUUUCGCUCCGUUGUCUGCGGAUCCGGGAGCGGGUGGAAAUGCAUUAGAAGAAGAAGAAGGAGAAGAGUUUGAUGCGGAAGGUGCGGGUUUUGUAGGGUUCGGGAGUGUAGUAUCUGGGUGUUUGAAUUGAGUUGCUGCGAUUUCGUUUUUUGGUUGCGUCUCUCUGUCUUGUUCUCUUCAUUGCUCGAUCGCAGCAGUUCUGUGUACAAAAAAGUGCACAGGACAGAAGUUGGAUAACUUCGAUUGGCCCUUUAGAGUUGGUGACUAGCUCGGAUUGUUGUUUCCCAUGAUCACAUUUGACAAUUUGUUCAAAGGAUCGCCCAUGAAGCAAACAGUCAAGUGCCUGGACUCCCAGCUAUGGCAUGCCUGUGCUGGCGGAAUUGUUCAGAUGCCGGUGGUGAACGCCAAGGUCUACUAUUUUCCUCAGGGUCACGCAGAGCACGCCCAGGAGCUUCCCGACUUUGGAACCUCCCAGCAGAUCCCACCUCUUAUACCUUGCCGUGUGACUGCUGUGAAAUUCAUGGCCGAUUCAGACACUGACGAGGUAUUUGCUAAGAUCUGCAUGGUUCCUCUGAGACCCAACGAAUCAGAUUGUACUGAAGAUGAUGGUUUGGGUCUUAGUAUCAAUGGUGUUGACUCGCAAGAAAAACCUUUUGCUAAAACGCUAACUCAAUCAGAUGCUAAUAAUGGUGGCGGCUUCUCUGUUCCUCGCUACUGUGCUGAGACAAUCUUCCCGCGGUUGGACUAUUCGGCUGACCCUCCUGUGCAAACUGUGUUUGCAAAGGAUGUGCAUGGUGUGGUUUGGAAAUUUAGGCAUAUAUACAGGGGCACACCUCGCCGGCAUCUGCUCACUACUGGAUGGAGUACCUUUGUCAACCAGAAGAAAUUAGUUGCAGGGGAUUCAAUUGUGUUCUUGAGAACAGAGAAAGGGGGAGAUCUUUGUGUGGGAAUACGCCGAGCUAAAAGAGGUGGGAUUGGUGGAGGUGCAGAGAUCCAUUCUGGAUGGAAUCCACCAAAUGGGAGUUUGGCAUCCAACUAUGGAGGUUUAUCUGUCUUUCUGAGAGAGGAGGAAGGUAAAUUAUUGAGGGGAAAUGUAAAUGGUGCGGGUUUGAGGGUGAGUGGCAGGGUGAGAACAGAUUCUGUAACUGAGGCAGCAAGUCUUGCAGCUAGUGGACAACCGUUUGAGGUUGUGUACUACCCCAGAGCAAGUACACCAGAGUUUUGUGUGAAAGCUGCAUCAGUGAAAACAGCAAUGAGGACCAAGUGGUGUCCUGGUAUGAGAUUUAAGAUGGCCUUUGAAACUGAGGAUUCUUCGAGGAUUAGUUGGUUCAUGGGAACUAUAUCUUCUGUUCAGAUUGUAGAUCCCAUACAAUGGCCUAAUUCUCCUUGGAGACUUCUGCAGGUGACAUGGGAUGAACCAGAUUUGUUACAAAAUGUAAACUGUGUGAACCCAUGGUUGGUUGAACUGGUCUCGAGUAUCCCUCCCAUCCAUCCGGCAUCUUUCUCUCCUCCAAGGAAAAGACUCCGCAUUCCCCAACAUCCUGAUUUUCUAGAAAGCCAACUUCCAACACCAGUGUUCCCUGGGAACGCUGUAGCUCACAGCACAAAACCUUUGUGCUAUUUCCCAGAUAAUAUUCCUGCAGGCAUACAGGGAGCCAGGCAUACCCAAUUUGGUAUAUCUUUAUCAGAUCUCCACCUUAACAAACUGCAGACAGGUCUAUUCCAUGCUGGCUUUCACCACCUUGAUCGCUCCACUUCCCUCCCUAGAAUGUCUUCUGGAUUCCUUGUUGAGACUCCUCUCACUGAUAACAAUAUAUCUUGUUUGCUAACGAUUGGAAGUAAUACUAAGAGCACAAAAAGCUCCUUGAACAGUAAACCUCCACAACUAGUGCUUUUUGGGAAGCCAAUACUGACCGAGGAGCAGAUAUCUCUGAGCAACUCAGCAGAAACUGUGUCCCCUGUGGCCACCAUAAACAGUUUUGGCUGCAAUAUGGAGAAAACAAUGAAUACAUCAGAUAGUGAUGGUUGUGGUACCAAUAAGAAUGUAACUCCUGUCAUUUCAUCUUAUGGUGGAUUCCAAUGGUGCAGGGACCGCAAUGUGUCAGGGCUUGGCCUGGAAACUGGGCAUUGCAAGGUUUUCAUUGAGUCAGACGAUGUCGGUCGUACCCUUGAUUUAUCCAUGUUUGGUUCUUAUGAAGAACUAUAUGGAAGGCUAGCUGAUAUGUUUGGGAUUGAAAAAUCUGAGAUGAUGAGCCAUGUGAUCUACAAGGAUGCUGCUGGUGUUGUUAAACGCACAGGAGACGAACCUUUCAGUGACUUCAUGAAAGCAGCAAGAAGGCUCACAAUAUUGACAGAUUCAGGCCGUAAUAACAUCGGAAGAUUGGUAGUACCUGGACUACUCAAUGCAAAUGUGCAGUGCUGCAGUUGAUUCGCGGAAACCCUCUAGGAGCUGGACGAAUGAGAUCCCGUCGUCGAAUCUUUGCCCGUCCGAAUAGAUUUGUAGUCAGAAACCUUCUUCUCCUCUACUCUGUUGUAUUCUCUAAACCGCGAUUGUUUCCAGGAUACUCCUUGCUCAUGUGACAAUUCCGUAGCUUGAAUAUCCGCACCUUCAUCAUAUUACUGCUACUGGCAUCUUUGUGGUUGACUGUUCUGUACACCAAUAACUCCAAUGAUUUUGGCAGGGAACAGACCAUAAGAAACAAGUUCAAUUGUUUUGAA